AUCCCUGGCUGUGUCUGUGUUGCGCCUCAUAUAGAGCCGCGGUGCGGGUGAGGAGCGGAGCUGAGGCCGGGAGAUGAGGGGGUGUGAUCCGUGACACAGGCCGGAGAAGAGCGGAGAAGGGACGGUGGCGGCGGGUUGUCAGAGCGGACGGAGAAGAAGACAGAGGAGAGCGGCGGCGGUGGGGUGUCCCCGCUCUAUGACGGAGAGUGGCGCGGCUGGAUGGGCCGGCGGUGAUUUCUCCUCGGUGUGAAUUCCCGGUAGCGGUGGGGACUCCGGCGGUGUCCGCCCUGUAUAUAGGGGCCCCCUCCCCCCCUGCAGCUGCUGCCGGCGGCACUGCACUUCCCCCCCUCCCCGGUAUGGCCGGCCGGAGCCGCCGGUCGUGGCUCAGCGUCCUCCUCGGACUGGUCCUCGGCUUCCUCCUCGCCUCCCGACUCAUCCUCCCCCGGGCCGCCGAGAUCCACCGCUACGGCCGGAGAGGAGGCGGAGGAGGAGGGCUCCGGGGGGGAGGACAGGCCGGGGGAGGCUGCGGGGUGCCGGCCGGGAGCCGGAGCGAUCUCCUCCAACUACCGUACAUCGGAUCCCGGGCCCCGGAACCGGGGGACACCGAGGAGGAGGAGGACAUCCCCCGGGACCGGAGCUUCCUCUAUGUCGGGGUUAUGACAGCCCAGAAGUACCUUCAUACCCGGGCUGUGGCCGCCCACAGAACCUGGUCACAGUUCAUCCCUGGAAAAGUGGAGUUCUUCUCAAGCGAGGGCUCAGACACAUCAAUACCAAUUCCUGUUGUAGCGCUCCAAGGUGUAGACGACUCCUAUCCACCCCAAAAGAAAUCCUUCAUGAUGUUGAAGUAUAUGCACGAUCACUAUCUGGAUCAGUACGAGUGGUUCAUGAGGGCGGAUGACGACGUCUAUAUCAAAGCGGACCGACUGGAAAGCUUCCUGCGCAACCUUAACAGCAGCGAGCCUUUGUUCUUGGGGCAGACCGGCCUGGGCACUACGGAGGAGAUGGGCAAACUGGCCUUGGAGCCGGGAGAAAACUUUUGCAUGGGUGGCCCCGGAGUGAUUAUGAGCAGAGAGGUCCUGCGGAGGAUGGUUCCACACAUUGGGGAGUGUCUCCGAUCCAUGUACACCACCCACGAGGAUGUUGAAAUUGGCAGAUGUGUUCGGAGGUUUGCUGGAGUGCAGUGCGUCUGGUCUUAUGAGAUGCAGCAGCUGUUUUAUGAAAACUAUGAGCAGAACAAGAAGGGGUAUAUUCAGGACCUGCACAACAGCAAGAUCCACAGAGCCAUCACUCUACAUCCCAAUAAGAAUCCACCAUACCAGUAUCGACUGCACAGCUACAUGCUGAGCCGCAAAAUAGCAGAACUACGUUACCGCACAAUCCAGCUUCACCGGGAAAUCGUGUUGAUGAGCAAAUACAGCAACACCGAGGUCCACAAAGACGAUUUCCAGCUCGGAAUAGCUCCGUCUUUUAUGAGGUACCAGCCACGCCAACGGGAGGAGAUUUUGGAAUGGGAGUUUCUCACUGGCAAGUAUUUGUUUUCAGCGGCCGAUGGGCAGCCCCCAAGACGAGGAAUGGAUGCUUCACAAAAAGUAGCGCUAGAUGAUAUAGUGAUGCAGGUCAUGGAAAUGAUAAAUGCGAAUGCCAAAACCAGAGGCCGUAUUAUUGACUUUAAGGAGAUCCAGUAUGGCUACCGUAGGCUGAACCCGCUCUACGGCGCAGAAUAUGUUUUAGAUCUGCUCCUGCUCUACAAAAAGCACAAGGGCAAGAAAAUGACCGUUCCUGUGAGGAGACAUGCCUACCUCCAACAAACUUUCAGUAAGCUUCAGUUCAAGGAGCAUGAAGAGAUCGACGCUAAAGAGCUGGCGAAUAGAAUAAACCAAGAUUCCGGCUCCUUGUCUUUCCUUUCCAAUUCCCUUAAGAUGUUUGUCUCUUUCCAACUCACCUCUUCGAAGACGGAACACAAGGAGCCCAAAGACCAGAAGGUCAACAUUCUGGUUCCAUUAUUUGGGCGCUUCGAAAUGUUCAGCAGGUUCAUGGCCAAUUUUGAAAAGACUUGCCUCCUUACCAACCAAAACGUGAAGCUCGUGGUUUUGCUGUUCAAUUCCAACUCCAAUCCCGACAAGGAGAAACAAGUCGAACUCAUGAGAGAUUAUCGCGGUAAAUAUCCAAAGGCGGACAUGCAAAUCUUGCCGGUGACUGGGGAGUUUUCUAGAGCCUUGGCCCUGGAAGUUGGAUCUUCUCAGUUUAGCAACGAUUCUUUGCUUUUCUUUUGCGAUGUGGAUUUGGUGUUCACCACGGAGUUUCUUCAGCGUUGUAGAGCCAACACUGUCUUGGGACAACAAACGUACUUUCCCAUUAUCUUCAGCCAAUAUGAUCCCAAGAUUGUUUAUGCCGGGAAGGUUCCCAGCGACAAUCAUUAUGCAUUUACACAAAAAACUGGAUUGUGGAGGAACUAUGGCUUUGGUAUUACUUGUGUUCAUAAAGGAGACCUCCUUCGUGCCGGAGGAUUUGACGUUUCUAUACAGGGAUGGGGACUGGAGGACGUAGACCUUUUUAAUAAAGUAGUACAAGCAGGUUUGAAGACUUUUAGAAGCCAGGAGGUUGGCGUGGUCCACGUACACCAUCCGGUGUUUUGCGACCCAAAUCUCGAUCCUAAGCAAUACAAGAUGUGUUUGGGAUCCAAAGCAUCAACGUACGGUUCCACCCAGAGACUGGCAGAACUAUGGCUUGAAAAAAAUGACCCAGCAUUUGGCAAAACUACUCACAAAAAUGAUACUGUGAGGACAGCCUGAUAAGCCAGCAUAGCUGGCCCACAAUGAACCUUUUCAUAGCCAUCUAAUUUAUUUUUUUGGUUUUUGUUUUUUAAAACUUUUUUUUUUUUUUUUUUUGGUUUUUGUUAUUUUUAAGUAGCUAAGGAAACCAUAGUUAAGGUUUUUUUUUUUUAUUUUUUUUUCUUAUGAGGCUCUCUGCUCCCAAAUGAACUUUUGAACAAAAAGAAAUGUGAUCAGUAUUUGCCUUUCACACAUUGCAA